AAGCCGGGCAAUGCCUGAAAAGGCAGCGCGCCGCCGCGGACCCUUCCACUCCACACCUGCUCCACCCGCCGCUCGGACGUCCGACUUGGACCGGAACCCCCGUAAGCAUCUGCGUCAUGAGGCACACGGCGUGCCUGGGCGUGGCGGUGGCCGCCGCCGUCGCCGUGCUCUUCGCCGCGCACCCCUCGGACGCCAUGGACUACAUGGUGGUGGAGCACACAUCGCAGAGGGUGCUGGGCCCGGCGGUGAUGCACUCCAGCCCGUGCGGCGGCUCGCACGUGCAGGCCGUGUCCUACCCCCAGCACUCGUACGCCACCGCGGCCUCCUCCGCCCCCUGCAGCUGCGGGGGCUCCAAGGCCGACGGCACCUGCACCUGCGGCAAGAGCGCGCCCUCCUGCCCCUGCGGCGGCAGCAAGGCCGACGGCACCUGCACCUGCGGCAAGAAGACCUGCGCCUGCGGCGGCAGCAAGGAGGACGGCACCUGCACCUGCGGCAAGAAGAAGACCUGCGGCCGGAACAACCAGUCCGAGAUGAAGGACCUCGCCGAGGAGGGCAUCCACACCCUGUUCAAGGUGAUGCGCGGCGGCUUCAAGGUGGUGGAGCACCUGGCGGACCACAUCAACAAGAAGGCGCUGAUGAAGCCGUGCCCGCUGAAGAAGCCCUGUGGCUGCGGCGGCGGCUGCGGCGGCGGCUGCGGCGGAGGCUGCGGAGGUGGCUGUGGCGGUGGCUGCGGUGGCGGCUGCGGUGGCGGCUGCGGCGUCCCGGUGGUGCCCGUGGUGCCCGUGGUGGCGUGCGGCUGCGGCUGCCGUCGCUAGCGCGACUCCAGCGAUAGUACAAUCACGCCUCCAGCCGCUGCAUCGCGGCAUCGCGCGGUGCGUGGCACGACACUGCGUGCGCGGUGCGUGCGCCGGCCGUCCGAGAUACGCGGCCCCGCGGCACGCCUGCACGUCGGCGUCAAUCAGUAUGCCCAGGCACGCGGGGCGCACGCCGGGCCCAGAG